GUGUCGCAAGCUGAGCUGCCGAGCACAGGAGCCAGCAGGGACGGGCUGGCUUCUGGAGUCUGGACUCCUCCUUCCCGGACGGGACGGAGAGCCGCCGAAUGAGCCCGCAGCGGUUCCGGUGCAGGAGUGAGCUCGGACAUCCGGCGCUGUGGCGACCGGGAAGCGGAGACAGGAGCCCGGUUCUCCGGUCCGCAGGCUGGGGUGACACGCCAGGUGCAGCCAUGGAGUCCAUGCUCAACAAGCUGAAGAGCACCGUCACCAAGGUGACCGCCGAUGUCACCAGCGCGGUGAUGGGGAACCCUGUGACCAGGGAGUUUGAGGUCGGCCGGCACAUUGCCAGCGGCGGACCGGGACUGUCGUGGAGGGUCUACAAUGGCACCAAGAAGUCAACCAAGCAGGAGGUGGCGGUCUUUGUCUUCGACAAGAAGAUAAUAGACAAGUAUCAGAAGUUUGAGAAAGACCAGAUUAUAGACUCGCUGAAGAGAGGAGUCCAGCAGCUGACCCGACUGCGGCACCCCCGCCUCCUCACCGUCCAGCACCCCCUGGAGGAGUCGCGAGAUUGUUUAGCUUUUUGCACAGAACCGGUUUUUGCAAGCUUGUCUAACGUGCUUGGACAGUGGGACAACCUGCCCACCCCGGUGCCUGCAGACAUCAAGGAGUAUAAGCUUUACGACGUUGAAACCAAAUAUGGCCUCUUACAGAUCUCUGAAGGAUUGUCGUUUUUGCACAGUGGGGUGAAAAUGGUUCAUGGAAACCUGACCCCCGAGAAUAUCAUUCUAAACAAGAGCGGAGCCUGGAAAAUUAUGGGUUUCGACUUCAGCAUCUCCUCAUCCAACCCCUCGGAGCAAGAGGCCAAGUACUCCUGCAAGGAGUGGGACCCCAACCUCCCCUCUCUCUGCCUGCCCAACCCUGAGUACCUGGCGCCCGAGUACAUCCUGUCGGUGAGCUGCGACUCGGCCAGCGACAUGUACUCCCUGGGGGUUGUCAUCCACGCCGUCUUCGAUGAAGGAAAGCCCAUCUUCGAAGUGAACAAGCACGACAUCUUCAAAAGCUUCAGCCGCCAGCUGGAUCAGCUGAGCCGCCUGAACCCCAGUGUCCUGGCCCGGAUCCCGGAGGAGGUGCGGGAACACACCAAGAUGCUGCUGAACGUCACCCCGACUGUGAGGCCGGACGCAGACCAGAUGACGAAGGCAAGCAGCGCUCCGUGGCUUCUGUGCGCCGGGCCCGCGAGGGCGUGCGCGUGCCGGUGGUGGCUGUGUGGUGCGGGCGGCCUGGCGCUGGGGGGCGCUGACCUGUUCCGUGUCGUCCAGCGCGUCGUUGUGCACCGCGUCCUGCCGGCCCUGACCUCGGAGUUCGUGAACCCCGACAUGGUGCCCUUCGUGCUGCCCAACGUGCUGCUGAUCGCCGAGCAGUGCACCAAGGAGGAGUACGUGAGGCUGAUCCUGCCAGAGUUGAGCCCCGUGUUCCGGCAGCAGGAGCCUGUGCAGGCUAGCAAUAUGAUUUUGCUCAUCUUCUUGCAAAAAAUGGAUUUACUGCUGACUAAAACCCCGCCUGACGAUAUUAAGAAUAACGUCCUGCCGAUGGUUUACAGAGCCCUGGAAGCUCCCUCCAUCCAGAUCCAGGAGCUCUGCCUGAACAUUAUCCCCACGUUUGCCAACCUGAUUGAUUACCCCUCCAUGAAGAACUCUUUAAUCCCCAGGAUUAAAACCGCCUGUCUGCAGACGUCUUCCCUGGCGGUCCGUGUGAAUUCCCUGGUCUGCCUGGGCAAGAUCCUGGAGUACCUUGAUAAGUGGUACGUGAUAGACGAAAUUCUGCCCUUCCUGCAGCAGAUACCCUCCAGGGAGCCGGCGGUGCUGAUGGGAGUUUUAGGGAUCUACAAGUGCACGUUCUCGCACAAGAAGCUGGGGAUUCCCAAAGAGCAGCUGGCCGGGAAGACGCUGCCCCACCUCAUUCCUCUCAGCAUAGACGGCAACCUCAACCUCAACCAGUUCAAUUCCUUCAUGGCUGUCAUCAAAGACAUGUUGAGUCGCAUGGAGACCGAGCACAAGACCAAACUGGAGCAGCUGCACGUCAUGCAGGAGCACUCGGACGGAAAGGACAGCAGGCCGGCGGCCUCGGCCGCCCCCCCGUCCAGGGUUUCGCUCACGCUGGAGGAGAAGCAGCGACUGGCCAAGGAGCAGGAGCAGGCAGAGAAGCUGAGGAAUCAGUUGCCGCUGGCUCCCAGGAACGUGAAGCCGACAGCGUCUGUGAAACAGGGUGUUUAGCAUGACUGGAAAUGGUCUUGGGCCUCUAGACAUCUGUGGCAGAUUGCAGUGCCUCCCUGUGUCAGGGGCACUCCUGGAGCCUCGAGCCAGGCGUUU